GCGGCGGCCGCUGCGGCCUGUGGAGCCGUCACCCCGCAGAGCCGCUCUGGGGUAAGGAGGCGCUGCUCGCGCUGCCGCUGCAGCUGUCCCGCCCGCGGGGGCUGAUCGGGGCUGCGCCGGGGGCCGCCCCCCCCCCCCCCGCCGCUCCCGCCGCCGUCCUCUGGUUCGUGGGCCGGCGGUCCCUUUACCAUGUCGUGGAGGCAGCGCUUGGCCGGGCUGGUCGGCAGUUUGCAGGACCCGCAGAAAGUCGCCCGUUUCCAGCUGCUGUGCGGGGUCGAAGCGCCGGCCGCCGCCGCCGCCACCAGCGGCCCGGAGGAAGAUGAGAAGGCGGAGGCGCCCCUCGCCGGCGAACCCCGGCACCGAGAGCGGCAGCUGGGGGCGUCCGGAGGCCCUCAGCCGCCCGGGAGCGAGCGCAAUCAGUGCCAGGCCAAGCCAGGCGUCGGCGGCGCCCCCAACGGUGUGCGGAACGGUCGGGCCACCAAGCUGGGCCCGGCCUCACCGCGGCGCGCGGGGGCUCUGCGCCGCAACUCGCUGACGGGCGAGGAGGGCCAGCUGGCCCACGUGAGCAACUGGCCGCUCUACUACCUGUUCUGCUUGGGCACCGAGCUGGGCAACGAACUCUUCUACAUGCUCUUCUUCCCCUUCUGGAUCUGGAACCUGGACGCCCUGGUGGGCCGGAGGCUCGUGGUCAUCUGGGUGCUGGCCAUGUACCUGGGCCAGUGCACCAAGGACAUCAUCCGCUGGCCGAGGCCCGCCUCGCCGCCCGUGGUCAAGUUGGAGGUCUUCUACAACUCGGAGUACAGCAUGCCCUCCACCCAUGCCAUGUCCGGCACCGCCAUCCCCAUCUCCAUGGUUCUGCUCACCUAUGGCCGUUGGCAGUAUCCUCUUAUAUAUGGACUGAUUCUUAUUCCCUGCUGGUGUUCUCUAGUUUGCCUAAGUAGAAUUUACAUGGGAAUGCACUCCAUUCUGGAUGUCAUUGCUGGAUUCCUAUAUACCAUUUUAAUAUUAGCUAUCUUCUAUCCAUUUGUGGACCUGAUUGACAACUUCAACCAAACUCACAAAUAUGCUCCUCUAAUAAUCAUCGGGCUUCAUUUAGCAUUGGGGAUCUUUUCUUUCACUCUUGACACCUGGAGUACAUCCCGUGGAGACACAGCUGAGAUUCUAGGAAGUGGUGCUGGAAUUGCAUGUGGAUCUCAUUUUACCUAUAAAAUGGGUCUAACAUUAGAUCCACCUCUGGAUAUUUUACCUUUAGCUAGGCCCCCCAUUUCUGUGACUCUUCUGGGAAAAGCCAUAUUGCGGAUCCUCAUAGGGAUGGUAUUUGUACUAGUAGUCAGAGAUAUAAUGAAAAGGAUCACUAUUCCCUUAGCCUGUAAAAUCUUCAAUAUACCAUGUGAUGAUGUUCGAAAAGCAAGACAGCACAUGGAAGUUGAACUUCCUUAUCGGUAUAUUACCUAUGGAAUGGUCGGUUUCUCUAUCACAUUUUUGGUUCCUUACUUAUUUUUCUUUAUUGGUAUCUCUUGAUGGAGAAAUACUGUUUAUAAUAAUAAAGGAAGGUAUCAGUUACUGAUAUCUAGAACUAUAUUCUAGUUAAAAGCCAAAUCAGAGUUAGGCUUUUGCAGGAAUUUAACUUAAAUAACUAUUUAAGUAAAUUCACAAGAGUCAGUGCAUUUUAUCAUUGCACAUCCAGUUAUUGUUUUGGGUGAGCUGAGCUAUUUCAACACUGAAAAAAUGAUUAAGUAUCCACUUGGAAUGCUCAUGUAAUAUUUGGAGAGUUUUGUGCUGUUAUGGAUUCAAGUUAUAUAUAAUAUAUAUUAAAGAUAUAAUAUAUAAUUAUGUCAUCUAAUAUAUGUUAUAUAUAAAAUAAUAUACCUAAGUUUUUUCUAACCUUGGGAGUGUAUUAUAAAAUCAAAAAUAAUAUGCAAACAGUUGUGCCUGUGUAUUUGGACUUAAUACAGGUAUGUUAUUAACAGAUAUAUUUAAUGUUUAUCUACUAUGGGAGCCUUUUCCCAAUCAAACUGCUAAUUACUAGACCAGAAUUCAUAUUUUACCACAUUGAUUUACUGCCUCCUUUUACACUGCCAUCACCUUUCAUGUUACCCAUGAUGUUGAACAUGGGAGGCAUUUUUAAUGGACCAAAUUUUCAGAAAAAUUAGUUUUUGGAUUUCCCCCACCCCCACCCAGUUCUGUACACUGUGUUGAAUGUACUUUGUUUGCAGUUGUUGUGCAUAUUAGUUUAAUAAAUCAGGUACUGAAUUUUAUUGCUUGCUAAUUGUGCCUUUCUGUUGCUGAAUUAAAUGCCAUGUAUACUGUGAUAUUAAAAAUGAGACGCAAACUUUAUUUUCAGUUACAUAUAAUCAGACAAAUAUUUAAAAAAAAUAUCUGUCAAGCUAACAGGGCUACAAGUAAACCAUCUUCAAUUCUUUAGCCUUUGUUUAGAAAGAAAUGUGGAAUGGGCUAAACUUUCUCACUUAUUGGGAACCUAAAUGGAUAAAUAUUUCCAUUUUUGUAGGUAUUUUUCUGUGCAUUGUAAGUUAUAGGAACAAGAUAUAUUUUUGGUAAAUUGUCUUGAUCAUUUAUACUGCUGGUAGAUAUUUCCAAUGAAUGGAAAUUCUUGAACUUUGUAGAUGGACAAUGCACAUGUUUCAUAUGUAAACAAACCAUUUUUCUAAAUUAUUUAGAAAGGAUUGGAUUUAGCAGUGUUAACUUUUAAUACCCAUUAAUUAGAUACUUAAGAUAAAUUAUAAAAUUUAAAAGUAUCAGUACUUUAGAGGCUAUUGUUGUUUUCACCUUUUUAUUUUCAUGGUGGAAAAUUUGAGUGUAAGUAUUAAGCUAUUCUUUAUUCUGUCUGUGCCUUUAUAUUUUGAAGUGUAACUGUAAUUAGGUUAACAUUAAGUUUAUUUGUAGUCAGUUUUCCAUAAAGAAGAGAAUUAACUUUCCAUGUAAAUGAGCAUCAGGUAUGGAAUUACUGACUUAGUGCAAUAUCUGUCUGAUUAUCCAGAGGUAUCAACUUAAGAUGUUUCUAUUUUGGGCAGCAUAACUAUUUGAGCUCAUAUUUUUAUAAUUCUGAUUAAAAAUUUAGGGACAUGGUAAUUUUUACCAAUAGUGCAUCUGAUAGUUUUAAGUAAAUUUUAGACCAUUACCUAUUAGCUAAAAUGAAACCAAGGCACUUAGGGACAUAUUGGUACGUUGGAAAAUAUGCGAGGAACUUUUCUUCCGAAUGUGUUUAAUGAAUCGAAUUUUAGGGAACAUUUCCCAUAAUUUGGGGUAUAUGCUCUCUUAUUAAUUUUUAUACCUAGCUUAAAAGGUAUUUGAAACUAUUCCAUUUCUUUGUGAUUUAUUAUUUUCUGUCCAAUGAUAGUUCCAUGCUAAAUGUAUUUUGAAAUAAAAGCCAAAUUCAAGACUGAA